AUGAGCAAAUUAGUCCUGGUGAUUAGAAUUGACGACUUGGAGGGAAUAAAAGCUGUGGUCAGAGGAUGGGGUGGACAUUUCUGGUCCCGGUCUUCCAGAGACAUCCAGAGCGAAAGAGGCAGUGAGUACUUGGGAAAGAAAAGUGAUGAGGACUUGGUCAACAAACGUUUUCUAUUAGGAAAGAAAAGUGAUGAGGACUUGGUCAACAAACGUUUUCUGCUGUUAGGAAAGAAAAGUGAUGAGGACUUGGUCAACAAACGUUUUCUAUUAGGAAAGAAAAGUGAUGAGGACUUGGUCAACAAACGUUUUCUGCUGUUAGGAAAGAAAAGUGAUGAGGACUUGGUCAACAAACGCUUUCUGUUAGGGAAGAAACGUGAGGAGCAGGAAACCCUAAAGGAUCCCUCAGACGAAGAGGAGAAGGGAGAGCAACAAGAAGGGGAGAAUUUAACUCCUGAAGGACAGGAGGAGGAGGAGGAGGAGGAGGUACAGCUUACCCCGGAGGAGGAGGAAGAGUUGGAGGAUGCCAUAGAGGAAGAGCUGGCGGAAGAAGCUGUCGCCCAGGUUAUACUGGAAGCUGCAAUCGAGGACAGCGUCCUUGAGGAGUGA